AUGAAUGGUUCAAUGGGAGUGAAACGGUUUAAAUUUGCUAAACAGACCCGCCUAAGAAAUUUGUUUCAAGUUAUUAAACAAAAGGAAACAGAUGACAAAAAGACGUUUAAAGAGAUUCUUAAGGAUUUAGCGGACUCAAGUUCUCUUCAUGGAGUGCCGAAGAUUGUUGCGUCUCGACAGAUAACUGUGAAAGUGUUAUGGUGUCUUCUGUUCAUAGCAACGUGCUCGUUACUAGGGUAUCAGCUAAAUGGACUCUUUGAAACUUAUUACUCAUACCCGAUACAGACAACCAUCCAGUUGGAUUUCAAUCCGAUUACUUUUCCCGCCAUUUCUUUGUGCAACAUGAACCCUGUGAGGUUUUCAAAGUUGAAGAUCUCUGAGGAUCUGAACGCCUUGUUCGAAAAAGAAUUGAGUGGUACAACAGCAAGUCCCACAAUGCCACCAGCAAGUUCAUCCCCAUCAACAUUUUAUUCCACGUGGUCGUCAACAAGUUCGUCUUUACCAUCAACAAGCUCUACAAUGUCACCAGCAAGUUCAUCUCCAUCUUCAUCAACAUUUAAUUCCACGUGGUCGUCCUCAAGUUCGUCUUUACCAUCAACAAACUCUACAAUGUCACCAGCAAGUUCCACAUGGUCGUCAACAAGUUCGUCUAUACCAUCAUCAACUACAGACUCGUUGUUCUCGUCUACUACUGGCCAAUAUUAUGAUGAUUAUUAUGAUGAUUAUGAUGACAAUUAUAAUUAUAAUUAUUAUGGUUACUAUGACUACGGGGACAGUUACCAUGACAACUGGGAUAAUGACGUCAAUGAGGACAACUAUAUCAAACAGCAGCUGAGUGGCAAAACUGACGAGUGGGCGGAGCGAGCUCACCAGUUCAGAGUACUGGCUAAAUCCUUGCCAUUGGAACUGCGGCAAAAAGUAGGGCACCAACUUGAUCAGUUCAUAAUGUCAGCGUACUUUGCCGGAACGGAGGUGAACGUAACGAGAUUCAAGAAUUUUACAUCGUCGCGGCUUUGGAAACUUGGGAUUUGGGGUUUAAGUUGGACCACAUGGAAAAAUUUCUUGAUUUUCGAGGAUUUAAACUCAAUUCUGGGUUGGAUAAAAAUAACUUUAAACCUGGAAACUGAUGAAUACAUUGAUAGAUUUACAACCGGGUAUGGAGCACGCCUUGUUUUGCAUGAACCAGGCACAUACCCCUUACCUUUUAAUGAAGGUAUAACAUUAAGUCCAGGGACCGAGACAAGCGUGGGACUCAAAAUGAUACGUAUUUCAAGACUCGGACAGCCCUAUGGUGACUGCACGUCUGGUGACAGCUUUGCUCGCAAAUAUAGGAAGAAAUACAGUGUUGCGGCGUGUGAUCAUUUUUGCCGUGUACAGAAAACUAUAGAUGUUUGCAAGUGUAUCCCUAUAGACGCCCCAGACCAGAUUUCCUUCAACAAGACUGUAUUGCCUGUGUGUAAUACAUCCUACAGGGCUGACCAGGAGUGUUUGUUGAAGGUAGAUGUGAGUUUCGAGCAUAAAUCAGUUUGCGACUGUCAAGGUAGAUGCAAGGAAACACUGUAUGAGAAGACAAUUUCAUCCAGAUACUGGCCAACGCCCGAGUAUUCCAAACAUCUUAUGUUAAAAAUAUGCAAGAAACUUGAGCAAAACAAAACCAUUGAGCUGCCGGAAACCUGUGCUUCUCUGCUGGACAGUGAAAAUUAUGACUAUUCCCUGCCCGCAGAGGAGUAUGAAAAACAUAGAAAGAACUUCCUUCGACUUCUUAUAUAUUUUGAAGAUUUGAAUUUCGAAAGGAUCACGCAAGAACCAAUGUAUGAGGGUAUACGAUUCUUGUCGGACAUCGGUGGCACAAUGGGGUUGUUCCUAGGGGCUUCUCUUCUUAGUCUUGUUGAGGUCCUUCAGCUCUUAUUAGAGAUUGUUCUACACAUCAAGAAGAAACUUACCAGAAAGAAACCCGUGACACCGGAAAUGCAACCCAAUCCAAAACAAAAAUCAGCAUGGAUAAGGAGUUAGAAAUAAGAUUCCAGGACAUUUGCGCCCCACGGACAAAUACUUCCUUGAUGUUUGCCCCUUUUAUGCGGUGGUGGACAUUUGCCCCCUCGUAUGUCUUGAAA